GUAAAUUCAGCGCCGCCUCAUUUCAGAGCUGGACAGAUAAGUAACGCUUGAGAGGGGGGGAACCAUUUGGAAGGCAAACAAAGAAGCAGGGAGGGGGAGAGAACACACUGCUCGGCGCAGAGAGAGGAAGGAAGAGAGACACAGACCGAAGCUCGCCGCUUUCAGUCAGAAAAGCAGCUUCUCCGCAUUCGGACGCUCCAACUUUGUGUCCGUGACGGAAGGAGGGGGACACGAUGCUGCCCUGGAGGAGGCAGAAGUUUGUCCUGGUGGAGGACGAGAACAAGAUGAAGUCCAAGAACCUGGGAAGGGGACUGACCUACCAGUCCAUCCUGUCCUCUCUGCUACGCUCCUGUCCCGACCUGCUGCCGGACUGUUCCUUGGACUGGGUGGGCAGCAUCUUCCACACCAAGCGGCAGAAGGUGGAGCUGAACAGAGAGGAGCCCGUUUACAACGUGCGCUACUUGGGGAGCGUGGUCACCAUCACGGCCAAGGGCCAGGGCUGCACGCGGGAUGCGGUGGAGCAGAUCUGGACCAAAAGCAACUUCGGGGACCAAAGCGUCAAGAUGAGACUGGCGGUGGGCCCGCACGGCGUCCACAUGAGCGCCGACAAAUCGGGGAAGAAAAGUCCCGUCCAUCUCUACUCACUGAGCCGGAUCACCUACUGCGCCGCCGACCCGUACCGGCCCAAGAUCCUGGCCUGGGUCUACCGCCACCAAGUCAAGAACAUGGCCGUCGUCCUUCGAUGUCACGCCGUCCUGGUGAGCAAGGCGGAGAAGGCCUGCGCCAUUGCGCAGAGCCUCCACAAGCACGCCACCUCUGCCUUCCUGGAGUUCAAGCGUCUAAAACGUCAGAGCGACUUCCGCCACUGCCGGCAGCAGCGGCUGGGCGAGGAGGCGGUGCCCCUGGCGCCGCUCCGCAGGCUGCUCAACGGCCAGUGCCAUUACAGACCCCACGCCGACACGCCGGGCAGCGCCGCCCGGCUCCACUCCAUCACGGAGGAGGAGGAGGAGGACGACGAGGAGGCGGCGGCACGGGUUGCCGAACGGGAUGUGGGGUCGCAGAGAAAGGUUUUGACCACCAACACGGACCCGACUCAGCUGUUGUCCCAGUUGGACCUCGGAGACAUUGCUGGACUGGAGCAGUGGCAGAUCAACUUUGUCGGCGACGGCAACAACAACAACACCGUCACCUUUAUAACCUCGCUAGUGUGACUGGGGUGGAACUGACGUUUCGCUGACGACCACGCCGUCACCGCCGGCGUCUCCUUUGAGGGUGCACGACCGGACGCUUAUUGUGCGCCGGAUGGACCGUGGCGAGACCGGAAUAUUUACAAGGCCGAUGCCCACGAGCACAAAAACCGGCGACGCUUUUAAGCCACGGGACGUUUUCUGUGUACGCUUGCCUGCCGUGACAAUCCUCCCUGAUAUUAUCUGUCCGAUAGAGUCAUAACGUGUUGAUGUUACAGUCAUAUCGUGUUGAUGUUACGGUGAUAUCGUGUCGAAGUUAAACAGAUAUUGUGUCGAUGUUACAGUGCUAUCGUGUCGAUGUUACAGUGAUAUCAUGUCGAUGUCACGGGGAUAUCGUGUUGACGUUACAAUGAUAUCGUAACGAUGUUACAGUGAUAUUAUGUCGAUGUUGCGGGGAUAUCGUGUCCAUGUUACGGUGAUAUCCUGUCGAUGUCCCGGUGAUAUCAUGUCAAUGUCCCGGUGAUCUCGUGGUGAUGUUACAGUGAUAUCGUAAUGAUGUUACAGCGAUAUCGUGCCGAUGUUACAGCGAUACAGCGCUGAUGUUGUUGAGAUGACCCAAGUUUAGGACGGCAAAGGAGGCGUGGGACUAGGAUGCAAGCCAUGGAGGGGAGGUUGUUGAUUACUGCCGUUUUUUUGUCUUCCUCAUCAUUCAUGGCCGACGUAACCUUUCACGUAGACCGCAGGUGUCAAACCCGCUUUCACUAAGGGCCUUGUCACAUUCUUGCUUCAGGCCGCUUGAAUCAUUUAUUGCAGUCCCCUGGAAAUUUCAUUACAUGGAAUGUAAAAAAAAAAAAAAAAUAUGUAUAUAUAUAUAUAUAUAUAUAUAUGUGGGAAAAAAAUCACAAGACUACUUC